GCGCAGGCGCAUCCGGCGCGAGGCCCGACCCUGGUGGCGACGCGCGGUGCUCAGGGCGCCAUGGCCCCCGCCACGCCGCCCGCCGAGGUCCGCUUCGCGCAGCGCCUGGCGUCGCACGAGAGGGGCGUCCGGGAGCGCGCGGUGCGGAAGCUGCGCCAGUUCGUGAGCCUGAGGACGCAGCGGGACGCAGGGGGCUUCACGCAGGAGGAGCUGCUCAAGAUCUGGCGGGGGCUCUUCCACUGCCUGGGGGCGCUGGACCAGCCGCCGCUGCAGGAGGAGCUCGCCACCGCCUUCUCCCAGCUCAUCCACGCCGUCGGGAACCCGGAGACCCAGCUCCUGUUCCUGCAGACCUUCUGGCAGACGCUGAACCACGAGUGGACCGGCCUCGACCGGCUGCGAAUGGACACGUUCUGCAUGCUCACGCGCCUGGUGCUGAGGCAGGCCUUCGAGGUGCUACGGCAGGACAGCUGGGAGCAGAGCCGCGUCAAGUUGCUGCUGGGUGUCCUGACCCGGGAGGUGCUGGUCCCCGAGAGCCGGGCCCCCGACGGGGUGAAGCUGCACUUUGUCGACAUCUACCUGGACGAGCUCGCCAGGGUGGGCGGCGGGGAGCUCCUGGCCGAGCAGAGCUUGGUGUUCAUCGAGCCCUUCUGCAAGGUCGCCGCCAGGACAAAGGACCCCGCGCUCCUGCAGACCAUCACCAGGGGCGUGUUCGAGGUCAUGGUGGAGCAGUCCGCCCUCGCUCCAGAGAAGCCCGCGGGACCGGGCACAGAGCCUGAGGCGGCGUGCAGGAAGGCAGCCCCAGGGCAGCCUGGCUGCAGAGAGGAUGGUGGCGGGGAUGGCGCCGAGGGCCCGUGGCUUCUGCAGUUCGACUACAAGGCCGUAGCCGACCGGCUCCUGGCGAUGACCAGCCGGAAGGGCACCCCUGCCGUCAACAGGAAGCGUCUGUCCGGGCUCGCCAGGAAAUUCCGGGAGCUCUCUGGAGGUGGCAAGAGCGCCCUCGGCUUCACGGAGGACCCCUCAGAGGCUGCCGAGGGCCAGACCGCCGGCCACCAGGAGGGAAGCACACCCGUGGGGGCGUGCACUGAGGAGAGGGGGCCAGGGAGCGCCCCGUGUCCGCCGGAGCCUGUGCAGAAGAGGAGGCGGGAGAAGAGCCGCCCCCCGGCGCAGCAGGCGGCCGCAGAGGCCCCGCGGGACAGGGGAGACCCGCCUCCGGCAGCACCGGGAAGGACCCCCGAGGCGGGGGUGGGGGAGCCGAGGGCGGCCCCCGUGCCCGGGAAGAGGAAGCGGCCACGCAAGCGGAGCCUGAGGGCCCGGGAGGUCACCUCACAGCUGGCCCCCGCCCCUCCUGAGGCCCCAAGCAGCCCGGCCCGGGGGCCCCCCCCUGGCAGCACCCACGUUCCCAAGAAGAAGCGGAAACUCGAGGCUCCCCCGAUCAACGGGAGAGGCCCCUCCACGCUGGCCUGGCCCCUGCCCCAGAAGGGAAACCCCCAGGGCAGGCCCGCUGAGGGCAGGAGCGUCGGGGGGCUGAAGAGGAAGGGAGCGCCACCUGGCACCGGCCCCUGGGACCAGAAGAUGGGCCUCGGGAGGAAGAGGAGGAAGGGAAAGGAAGCACCCGGGGCCACGUCCCCGAAGAGCCCGGUGAGGCGGCUGAGCACACCUCAGGCCGGAGGUGGGGACCUGCUGACGAGCACCGCCCUGCCUCACGCUCAGGCCUUCAGCCCCGUGAAGAGGCUGAAGACGCCGAAGACGGAGAACGAGUUCGUGCGCUUCCACACCCCCCUCCCGCCCAAAGCCCUGUUCUUCCGCAGGGCCAGGAGCGGCGGCUCGGCCCCCAGCCUGAGCCCCACCCGCCAGCUGAUCGGGACUCCCGCCGGCUCCAAGAAGGUGACCUUCGGGCUGAGCAGAAACACGACCGCCGAGUUCAAGAAGACGGACAAGAGUCUCCUGUUGAGCCCCACAGGCCCCGAGCGGGUGGCCUUCAACCCCGAGCGGCAGCCCCUGCACGGGGUGCUGAAGACGCCCAGCGGCACCCCCACCGGCACCCCGCGGCGCAGGCCCACCGCCAUGGACUUCUUCUAGUCUGGGCCGGCCCUCACCCCUGCGCCGCUGCCUUUUGUACGUUUAUUAUAAAGCUCCGUGUUGUACA